CGGGACCCCAGAGAGUGAAACGGCCGCCGUCCACUUGCUGAUAACCGUGCCAUCUCCGGUGAUUACCGAUUUCCGCGCCGGCGGAGAAACACUCGGGACACAGCUCGAUGUCCGGGCAGUCGGUGCAGCGCAGCCGCAGAUUAUCCUCUGAAAAUGGAGGAGCAGUCACUUGAGGAAAUGGAUCCUGAUCUGAAGUCUGAAGAUCCGAACGUGGCAGAGGCAGCAGACGUCCUCGACAGUGACGAACUGACUAAACCUGAUGAGGAAAGCUGUGCAGAAGAAGUAGAAGUAGAAGCAGAAGAGACGGGGCAAGCAGCAAAUGAAGAGGAUGAAGUUAACACACAGAAUGCACCGGAAAAACCUGAAGAAGAAUUUGAAGCUUCAGUGAGAGAUGAUCUAUCAGUUAGUGAUGAUUUUGAGGAGAAGACUGCCUCAGAUGUGGAGAUUUUUCAAAACGAGAAGGAAGAAGAAGAACCUGAAAGCCAAGUGGAAGGAGAUCACAAACAGUGUGCAGCCGAGCUUCAACACAACCUUAAAGUAGACUCUGAGCACGAGCAGGAGCUUCUUCGAGAACUCCAAACAGAACAUGAAAAACUGAGUGAGCUCAAUUACCAGCUCCAAACAAAACUAGCCGAAUACUUCUGGGUUAAAUCAGGCGGUGAACUGCAGUCAGUGCAAGAGAAGUUUUUUCCAAACCAAGACUGCUUCCAGAAGUACCCAGAUAUCAUAGAAGAUGUUAAGAGGCUGAGGCAAGACAAGAAGCAAAAGCAUCUCCAACAUCGCUGUGUUGAUGAUCUGCAUCGGGAGAACAAUGAGAAGCUGGAGCAAAUUGAGCGUGAGUGGAGCAUGCUAGCAUCGGCCAAGCGUGAGGUGAUCUUUACAGAUCUGGAGCCGGCGAUGGGAAAGAUGGAGGCCCAAGCUGUGGCUGAGCGUCUGCUGACAGCUGCACAGGAAUGCGAGGACGAGUUUGUCUCUGUCAGGAAUGAAAACUUCAAGCUGAAUCUAAAGAUGCCCAAGUUGGAGGCAGGGCUCCAUGUCAGGGAAGAGGAUCUAGAUGGAGAGAUGCAACGCAUUGACUUCGAGCAGCUGAACAUUGAGAACCAGUCUUACAGCGAAAAGAUCCAGGAGUGCAAGGAGGAUCUGCUUAAGCUCAAGAAGACAUUUCCCCACACUGGACAGAUUCUGAUGCACGUGAAAGAGAAGUUGAGGUUCGUUCAGAUGGAGAACCAGGCGAAGCGAGUGCAUUUUGAUGAGCUGGAUGCCUUGGUGCUGCAAGAGCAGGAAGCUCUGACGCAGACCAUGCAGGCACGGGACAUCCUGCGCUUCGACAACCUGCGUAAGCGGCAGGACUGUGGCCUGCUGGGAAACUCCACACUGCUCCGGGACCUUGAGGACACAGUGGAUGAGUGUGAGGCACUAGAGAGACAAGUGGAGAUGCUAAAGAGAAGCUGAAGCGACACACACAAGACCACAGAGAUACAUACACGCCUACAAGUAUAACACACAUGCAGAAAUGCAAUAACAUGGAGGCCCAUUUAGCAUAUUUAUUUUGUGGAACAGAUUUAGAUUUUUAAGUAUGUGUCAUAUUAAGCAAAUUAAAGCAGUAGGAUUUCUUAGAAAAAAUAUCACUGCACUUUGUCUUUAAGUUUCAUCCACACUGUAACGUUACUAUGUUUUUACCUUCUGCGUCAUUUGACUGAAGAGGGAAAUGUGAAGAAUUGCUGAAAUAAAAACAGCUUUUAAUGA